AUGGCCGACAGCAAAACAUUUUAUACUUACAACAUAGAACCCUAUGUUGGUACUAAUGAAGGGCCAUACAAUUUGAGCAAUUCUGCGUCUGAUGUUGUAAAGCGCCUUGUUACUCCAAUUAGAGGUUCUCAUAGGAACAUAGUAAUGGAUAGUUGGUACACUAGUUUGCCACUUAGUCAGGAUUUAUUACAUGAAUAUGGUCUCACUUCUUUGGGCACAAUACGAAAAAACAAGCCACAGAUUCCUGCAAUAUUUUCUGCAACUCAGAGAAGAGAAGAAAAGAGUUCAUUGUUUGGGUUCCAGAAUGAUUGUACGCUGGUUUCUUACGUGCCAAGAAAAAAUAAGGUGGUACUUUUAGUAACAACAAUGCACCAUGAUGCAUCAAUAGACCAGAAUUCAGGCGAAAAAAACUUACCAGAGAUUAUAGCAGAUUAUAAUAGGUACAAGUGUGGCGUUGAUGUAGUAGAUGAGCUCUGCGGUACGUAUUCUGUAUCUAGAAUUACAAAAAGGUGGCCCUUAGUCAUAUUCUUUGGCUUUAAGAACAUUGCAGGCAUCAAUGCAUACGUCAUUGCCAAACAAAAUAAAGAGAAUCUUGGCCAAACCUGUGAUGAUCGUAGAAACUGCCUAAAACAACUCGCAUUGGCAUUGAGUAAACCCCUAGUCAAGGAGAGGCAAUUAAUUACUAACUUGCCAAAAGAAAUUAAAAAAUAUAUAGAGUUAGUAGUUGGGAUCGAGGAACCAGUGUCUGAGGCUGCACAAAUGGCACCAUCAACUUCGUCAUCAUCGCGUUGCUCUGUCUGUACUUGGAAGAAAGACCGUAAAACCAAAACUUCAUGCAAAUUUUGUUUCGUGAAAAUCUGUAAGGAGCACACAAUUCCAAUUUGUGACAAUUGUUACCAAGAACGCAAAUAA